GGAAGAUAGCAGCAACAAUAUGGCGACAACCGCAGUUUCUCCUGAAUCUUUUCGACAUCUGCAGUUCAGCGACGCCUUUUUGGAUUUCUGUUAACACUGAAAAAAGCUGGGCUGUCCUGGAUGGCACUUCACUAAAGGAUUAGCUGCUGCAGGAUGAAAACAUGGCUGCUCCCCUUAUUGCACCGCCAGGACCUGACAGCUUCAAGAAGUUCACCCCGGAAUCGUUGGCCAACAUCGAGAAGCGCCUCGCCGAGGAGAAGAAGAAGCCGCAGAAACCCAAAUCGGACAGCAGUCACCGGGACGACGAUGAAGAGAACAAGCCCAAGCCCAACUCCGACCUGGAGGCGGGCCGCAGCCUGCCCUUCAUCUACGGGGACAUUCCCCCCGGCCUGGUGGCAGUGCCCCUGGAGGACAUGGACCCUUACUAUCUAAACCAGAAAACAUUUAUAGUGCUAAACAAAGGGAAGACGAUCUUCCGUUUUAGUGCCACGCCCUCCAUGUACAUCAUUAGCCCCUUUAAUCUAUUUAGACGAAUAGCUAUUAAAAUUUUGAUACAUUCUCUCUUCAGCAUGAUCAUAAUGUGUACAAUUUUGACCAACUGUGUAUUCAUGACUUUUAGCAAUCCUCCUGAAUGGACGAAACAAGUAGAGUACACCUUCACUGGUAUUUAUACCUUUGAAUCACUUACAAAAAUAAUUUCUCGAGGGUUCUGUAUAGACGGGUUUACGUUCCUAAGGGAUCCAUGGAACUGGCUCGAUUUCAUGGUGAUUUCUAUGGCAUAUGUCACAGAGUUUGUGGACCUGGGGAAUGUGUCUGCGCUGAGAACGUUCAGAGUUCUCCGGGCGUUGAAAACUAUCUCUGUCAUUCCAGGCUUAAAGACCAUUGUGGGUGCCCUCAUCCAGUCAGUGAAGAAGCUGUCAGAUGUAAUGAUCCUCACCGUCUUCUGCCUCAGUGUCUUUGCCCUGAUUGGCCUGCAGCUCUUCAUGGGCAAUUUGAGGCAAAAGUGUGUCAUCUGGCCCGUCAACUCCACCGAUAGCUAUCUGAGCAAUGGCAGCAAAGGGUUCGAGUGGGAUGAAUACAUCAUGAACGACACCAAUUUCUACUUUAUCCCUGGACAACUGGAUGCUCUCUUGUGUGGAAACAGCUCUGAUUCUGGUCGAUGUCCUGAGGGGUAUAUGUGCAUGAAGGCUGGGAGGAACCCCAACUAUGGUUACACCAGCUUCGACAGCUUUGGCUGGGCCUUCCUGGCACUCUUCAGGCUAAUGACUCAGGACUUCUGGGAGAACCUUUACCAGCUUACACUGAGGGCUGCCGGGAAGACCUACAUGAUCUUCUUUGUUCUGGUGAUCUUCGUGGGCUCCUUCUACCUGGUCAACCUGAUCCUGGCUGUGGUGGCCAUGGCCUACGAGGAGCAGAACCAAGCUACCAUGGAGGAGGCGGAGCAGAAAGAGGCUGAGUUUAAGGCCAUGCUGGAGCAGCUGAAGAAGCAACAGGAGGAUGCCCAGGCGGCUGCCAUGGCAACCUCAGCUGGCACAGUUUCGGAGGACCCGGUGGAGGAGGACGGCGGGGGCCGUCUGUCGCGCAGCUCCUCGGAGGUGUCCAAGUUCAGCUCCAAGAGCGCCAAGGAGCGGCGCAACCGCAAGAAGAAAUGGCGGCAGAAGGAGCAGCAGCACGGCGAGGAGAAGGGCGACAGCGAGAAGUUUGUCAAGUCCGAGUCGGACGACGGCAGCAAGAGGAGCCGCUUCCGCUUCCCCGACAACCGGCUGGGCAGGAAGACGUCCAUCAUGGACCAGUCGCUCCUCAGCAUCCCGGGUUCGCCCUUCAUGUCGCGCCACAACAGCAAGAGCAGCAUCUUCAGCUUCAAGGGCCGGAACAAGGACGUGGGCUCGGAGACGGAGUUCGCCGACGACGAGCACAGCACGGUGGAGGAGAGCGAGGACCGGCGCGGCUCGCUCUUCAUCCCCUACCGCCGCAACAGCUACAGCGGCUACAGCCAGGGCUCGUCCCGCAUCCACCCGCUGGCGUCCCACGGCAAGCGCAACAGCACCGUGGACUGCAACGGCGUGGUGUCCCUCAUCGGCCCCGGCCCCGGCCCCGGCCCCGGCCCCGGCGGACGGCUCCUGCCCGAGGUGAUAAUAGAUAAGGCAGCUUCCGACCACAGCCAAGCAACAGAUGUUGAGGUGAAGAAGAAGCAUUCAGGAUCCCUGAUGGUGUCGGUGGAGCAGCUCAACACAUCCUUUGGGCGCAAAGAGCGGGCUAACAGUGCAAUGAGCGUUAUCACCAACACUUUAGUAGAAGAACUGGAGGAGUCCCAGCGCAAGUGCCCGCCGUGCUGGUACAAGUUCGCUAACACCUUCCUUAUCUGGGAGUGCUGCCCCACCUGGAUCAAGAUCAAGGAGAUCGUCAAUUUGAUUGUGAUGGACCCCUUUGUGGACCUGGCCAUAACCAUCUGCAUUGUCCUCAACACCGUCUUCAUGGCCAUGGAGCACUACCCCAUGACCGAGCACUUUCAGAACGUGCUGUCUGUCGGCAACCUGGUAUUCACUGGGAUCUUCACGGCUGAGAUGUUUGCCAAACUCGUUGCUAUGGAUCCAUACUACUACUUCCAGGAAGGGUGGAACAUCUUUGAUGGCUUCAUUGUGAGCUUGAGUUUGGUGGAGCUGGGCUUGGCUGAUGUGGAGGGCCUCUCUGUGCUGCGAUCCUUCCGAUUGUUGCGAGUGUUCAAGCUGGCCAAGUCUUGGCCAACCCUCAACAUGCUGAUCAAGAUCAUCGGGAACUCAGUGGGUGCCCUGGGAAACCUGACCCUGGUGCUGGCCAUCAUCGUCUUCAUCUUCGCUGUGGUGGGCAUGCAGCUGUUCGGCAAGAGCUACAAGGACUGCGUGUGCAAGAUCGCCCCGGACUGCGAGCUGCCGCGCUGGCACAUGAACGACUUCUUCCACUCCUUCCUGAUCGUGUUCCGCGUGCUGUGCGGGGAGUGGAUCGAGACCAUGUGGGACUGCAUGGAGGUGGCGGGGCAGACCAUGUGUCUCACUGUCUUCAUGAUGGUCAUGGUCAUUGGAAACCUUGUGGUGCUGAACCUGUUCCUCGCCUUGCUGCUGAGCUCUUUCAGUGCAGACAACCUGGCGGCCACGGACGACGACGGCGAGAUGAAUAACCUGCAGAUCUCUGUCAUCCGCAUCAAGAAGGGCAUCGCCUGGGCGAAGGUCCACAUCCGCGUGCUCGCAGCGACCCUGCUGAAGAAGGAGAAGGAGUCCGACGAGGUCAAGCCUCUGGACGACAUGUACGACAAGAAGCUCAACUGCAUCGCCAACCACACGGGCGUGGACAUCAACCGCGAGCUGGACUACCAGAAGAACGGCAACGGCACCACCAGCGGCAUCGGUAGCAGCGUGGGGAAGUACAUGAUCGACGAGGACCGCAUGUCCUUCAUCCACAACCCCAACCUGACCGUGCGCGUGCCCAUCGCCGUGGGAGAGUCCGACUUCGAGAACCUCAACACCGAGGACUUCAGCAGCGAGUCGGACGUGGAGGGCAGCAAAGACCUGGAUGACACCAGCUCCUCAGAGGGGAGCACCAUUGACAUCAAGCCCGAUGUGGAGGACGUGGUGGUGGUGGAGGCUGUGGAGGAAUACCUGGAUCCAGAUGCCUGCUGGACAGAAGGCUGCAUUGCCCGGUACAAGUGCUGCGACGUGCCAAUCACGGAGGGCUGGGGGAAGUACUGGUGGUACCUGAGGAAGACCUGCUUCCUGAUCGUAGAGCACAACUGGUUCGAGACUCUCAUCAUCUUCAUGAUCCUGCUGAGCAGUGGGGCACUGGCCUUUGAGGAUGUGUACAUUGAGCAGAGGAAGACCAUCCGCAUAAUCCUGGAGUAUGCCGACCGAGUCUUCACCUACAUCUUCAUCCUGGAGAUGCUGCUAAAGUGGGUGGCCUACGGCUUCGUCAAGUACUUCACCAACGCCUGGUGCUGGCUCGACUUCUUCAUUGUGGAUGUGUCUAUAGUCAGCCUUAUAGCAAAUGCCCUGGGCUACUCCGAUCUAGGGCCUAUUAAAUCUCUCAGGACGCUAAGGGCAUUGAGACCUCUCAGAGCUCUUUCACGAUUUGAAGGGAUGAGGGUGGUAGUCAACGCCCUGGUCGGAGCCAUCCCCUCCAUUAUGAAUGUGUUGCUGGUGUGCCUCAUCUUCUGGCUAAUUUUCAGUAUCAUGGGGGUUAACUUGUUUGCGGGGAAGUAUUACUAUUGUCACAACGAGACGGCUGAGGAGCGCUUUGAGCCUGAGGAUGUCAACAACCGGACCGAGUGCUUCAACCUCAUCUACGCCAACUACACCGAGGUCCGGUGGAAGAACGUCAAGAUCAACUUUGACAAUGUGGGGGCCGGCUACCUGGCCCUGCUGCAAGUGGCCACUUUUAAAGGCUGGAUGGACAUCAUGUACGCUGCAGUAGACUCCAGAAAAGUGGAGGACCAACCCAUCUAUGAGGACAACAUCUACAUGUACAUCUACUUCGUCAUCUUCAUUAUCUUUGGGUCCUUCUUCACCCUCAACCUCUUCAUUGGCGUGAUCAUUGACAACUUCAACCAGCAGAAGAAGAAGUUUGGGGGUCAGGAUAUUUUCAUGACUGAAGAGCAGAAAAAAUACUACAAUGCCAUGAAAAAACUGGGCUCCAAGAAACCACAGAAACCCAUUCCUCGACCACUGAACAAAAUCCAGGGGAUGGUCUUCGACUUUGUGACUCAACAGGUCUUUGACAUCUCCAUCAUGAUCCUGAUCUGCCUCAACAUGGUCACCAUGAUGGUGGAGACGGAUGACCAGACGCAGGAAAUGGAGGACAUCCUCUACUGGAUCAACUUCAUCUUCAUCAUCGCAUUCACCAGCGAGUUCGUGCUGAAGCUCUUCGCCCUGCGACACUACUACUUCACCAUCGGAUGGAACAUCUUCGACGUGGUUGUGGUCAUCCUCUCCAUCGUGGGUAUGUUCCUGGCCGACAUUAUCGAAAAGUACUUUGUGUCACCAACGUUGUUCCGGGUGAUCCGUCUGGCCCGAAUCGGGCGCAUCCUGCGUCUGAUCAAGAGCGCCAAGGGCAUCCGGACUUUGCUGUUCGCGCUGAUGAUGUCACUACCCGCCUUGUUCAACAUCGGCCUGCUGCUCUUCCUGGUCAUGUUCAUCUUCUCCAUCUUCGGCAUGUCCAACUUCGCCUACGUGAAGCGGGAGGCGGGUAUCGACGACAUGUACAACUUUGAGACCUUCGGCAACAGCAUGAUCUGCCUGUUCAUGAUCACCACGUCGGCAGGCUGGGACGGGCUCCUGCUCCCCAUCCUCAACCGGCCGCCCGACUGCAGCCUGGAGAAAGAGAACCCGGGCACCUCGGUGAAGGGCAACUGCGGCAACCCCUCGGUGGGCAUCUUCUUCUUCGUCAUGUACAUCAUCAUCUCCUUCCUCAUCGUGGUCAACAUGUACAUCGCCAUCAUCCUGGAGAACUUCAGCGUGGCCACGGAGGAGAGCGCCGACCCGCUGAGCGAGGACGACUUCGAGACCUUCUACGAGAUCUGGGAGAAGUUCGACCCGGACGCCUCGCAGUUCAUCGCCUACGCCAAGCUGUCCGACUUCGCCGACGCCCUGGAGCACCCGCUCCGGGUGCCCAAACCCAACACCAUCGAGCUGAUCGCCAUGGACAUGCCCAUGGUGAGCGGCGACCGCAUCCACUGUCUGGACAUCCUGUUCGCCUUCACCAAGCGCGUCCUGGGCGACAGCGGCGAGCUGGACAUGCUGCGGCAGCAGAUGGAGGAGCGCUUUGUGGCCGCCAACCCGUCCAAGGUGUCCUACGAGCCCAUCACCACCACCCUGCGCCGCAAGCAGGAGGAGGUGUCGGCCAUCACCAUCCAGCGCGCGUACCGGUUCCACCUGUCCCGACGGGGCUUCGUCUGCAAGCGCAGGCCGGCCGCGGACAAGCUGGAGAACGGGGGGACCAAUCAGGAGAAAAAAGAGGGGACGCCCUCGACUGCCUCCCUGCCUUCCUACGACAGCGUGACCAAACCUGACAAAGACAGGCAGGAGGAGCACGAGGGCCGGGGCAGGAAAGAGAAAGGCCGAAACCAAAAAGACGUCAGGGAAUCUAAGUGUUAGAAUACGAUAACAAUAAUCAACUAAUAAUAAUGACUAAAAAUAACAAUAAUAAUAAUAUGUUAAAAGCAAAGAGAGGAAACCCCAUGAAAUCACAAUAAGCAGAUUAUUUCAUUUGCAAGUUUAAACAACAAAAAAAGAGAAAAAGUGAAAAUACAAAUAAAAUAAUUGUUUACAGACUCCAUUAAUGUACCAAUGCAGAAGAAACAGCGGGCGUGGUUUCUUACAGCUUUGAAAACACUUAGACUCAAUUAAACCAAACAUAAUCAGCUUACUGUGUGAUCUUGUUGCAUCAAGACUUAAGAUUUCAAUAACUAGUAAGAAAAAUGAAGAUUCAAAAGAAGAUGAUGCCACUCCCGUGUUGGCAAAAACCGUGUUUGUUGGGGGGGACAUCUGUGACUAACGAGGAGUGUUAAUGAAGCAAGUGGAGGAAGACACACAAAAUCUCCUCCUUCACCACGCAUGGAUUCCUGUUCAGAAACAGUGCCAUGGUGGACUUUUUCCCAAAGGAAACAGCACUGCUGGACUCUUAAAACAACACCUCAAUGCAGUCUGAAGGGUUAUCUCAGUCAUUUUCAUAUGUGGAGAGGUGGUGGCUGCAAGACUAACACAGUGACACUGAGAGAGGUGGAGGAAAUGAGAGAUAGAGAAAAACCCCAAAAAAUAUAAGGGUUUGUUUUUUUGUUUGUUCAUGCUGAGUAUACUUGCAUCUUACGGUCUGAGCUGCAAAAAAAGGGAACUAGGAAAAAAACAAUCAACAUUGCCCACAUUACUAAACCAUUUUAUCUUUGUUAUACCCGCAUAUAAAAGAAUUUUCUACAUGGGCUUUCACACUGAUUGGGAAGGGGAACUAAUCAGGGUUUUGACCUGGGCUGAAAUGGGGGACUUGCUCAGACAGAUUUCCAGAUAAAUAAAUAACCGUGCUCGUUCAAUGCAUAGAAAUGACUUGCAUGAAGGCAUGUUUUGAUCAGGAAUCUUGCAUGAUUAAACAUAGUCCACAAGACAGUAAUACUACAGGCCACAACAGUGGCUCGACCAGAAGUUUGAGGCUGUCCACUGGGAAGAAAAGAAUAUAUAAAAAGAUGAAAAUUUUAAUUAUUAUAUUGAUGGUGAUACACUAUAUUGGAUUUAAAAGAAAGCUAAAAAUCCAAAGUCAAUCCUGCCCUUAAUAAAUGGUACCAACCAAACAGACACAUCUCUCUUUGUAGCUGCCUUUGGUUGAAAUAAAUUGCAAACAUUCAGUAGCUGCUGUUUUAAUUAUUGCCAUUAUUUUGGCACAUUAAAUAACAAACAAUACAAGAAUGUGCUGCUCUGGGUUAUGUGAACGAGGUGAAUGGGAAUGCCUGUUUGCAGAGAACAAGGAAAAAAAAAACAAGAAACUUGUUUAUAUUACACAGCAAUAUUAUUUUCCAAGCCUACCAGCUCUGAUAUUUAUUCUUUAUUUGUUUUCUUUUUUUAUGCUGUCUUUUCAUUCUAUAGUGGUGCCUCAGGCUGUUUUAUUAUUUGAGCUUUUAUUGUGCGCAUUUUCUUUUCGUAAGGUAUCAGUUUCGACUGUGUCUUUAACGAAUGUAAGUAAAUUCAGGAUGUAUUUCAUGGGAGGCGGGAGAGGUGAACCAUGGGAUACUGGAGGAGCCAAGGAGACGCGCCUUGUUGAGUAAGGCAUGCUGUUACUGGGCUCAGCAGGGGUAAAACGCAACGCAUGCUGUAAGCACUGCUCGAGUCCGCCCCAUUACCUACAAUACACUGUAGAUGCAUUUUGUAUGAAUGUGAGGUAUGGCGUGUGAAACACAGUGAGCCAAUGUGGCGUCGCUGUGGCUGGAACAGACGUGGACGUAGUUGUGAUGACAUGGGAUACAUGGUGCAAUUCAACAGGCCUUUUGACUUGAGUGUCAGCGAUUUUCCGCCAUGCGAGUCCCAUCUAGGUGUUAAAGGAGGUUGUGACACUGGUGCACUUUUACCGGCACGGCACUUCCUGGGAGUCCAUUUUUAAUAAAAAAUAAUAAUAAAUAAAAAAACAGGGCUAGGAGCAUCUCAGUGAUACAUAUUUUGCUUACCAAACCAGCCUUUAUCAGUAGUGGAGUCAUGCGGUAGUUUUUUUAAUUGUUAUUAUAAUUAUUAUUGUUAAUAGGAUUACACAAAUUUGAUUGUCUGCAGAAAAACAAACGGUUAGUAUACUAAACCACUGUCCUCAUGUACCCCCCGAUGAUAAGUCUCUUCUUGAGCUCGGAUGGAACACUGUGAAGGCGAUGCAAAAGGUUUCAACAGCACACAAUUUUACAUGUGAGGUGGGUGUGGUGUUAUAGUUUUGAUGGAAGCUCUCAAGUCUGCAAACAGCAAAAAUUAAUAAAGUGCUCUAUACCCCCUGGUCAGCCAUACUCCUCAACAGAGGAGGAACAGCAAACAAAUGCCAAAUAAGCCGAGCACUGGACGCAUCUUAUCGUGAGCCGAGACACAACACCAGAGCUUUUUGCACUUCCUGUUGUGCAGUGAUGUCACUUCCUGUCUAUGAAUCCCCCUUUCCUUUUAAAGAGUUCUUUGGUCCAGUUGCUGCAUGAGGUCUCCAAAUCAGUGUGGGUGUCAACUUGAACCAAAUAAACUGAAUGAAAAUCAUAAUGACAAUUAUGCCAUCCAUUUUUGUGCCCAUCUAGGAUAUAAAUAGUGUAUAAACAAAAAUACAUGCGUACAUAAAAAUAAAUGGUAAAAAAAAGAUAUGUACAGUAGAGGCUAUAUUGUAAAUGGCACAAAAUGCUGAAAAGUUAAGGAUGAACUUUUUAAGAGACUAUAAAUAAUGUAACAUAUUAUUUUAUUUUAUCGGCAUGCAUAGUUUUUGUAAAUACAAAAAUUACUGAAAAAUACUACAGCUAUUAAUCUAAUUACAAAUAGUAAAUAUAACAAAAAUAGAAUGGCUUCCCGCAGACACCCUUUGUCACACUUGUUAGAUUGUGACGCGAUUUGUUAGAUUAAGUAUUUUUUGGGGAUACUUUUCACUAUAGAGGGGGGAAAUCAAAUAAAGAACUAUAUAUCAAAAAAGCAAAAAACUAUAUAUGACUAUACAUGUAUAUGAACACUGUCCAUCACUUCCCCCCCCUCCUUGACUUUAAAGGAGGAAGCCGUUCUAAUAGUACUUGCUCACUUAAGUUUAUUUUUUUCGGGUUUUUUUUGUGCAUUCAGCAAAUGACCAAAACUAAAGCCUUUUUUCUUUUGGGUCUGCUGCCUUGCAAUGGACACUGAACAAGCAGCUUGUAGAGGAUUGUGUAGCCUGUGUCACUGAGACAGUUGCGCAACCGACAGUAUUGUUUGUACAUACUGUAUAUUGUCCACAUGCCCCCAGGCAUCUUGGGUGGCUGAUCUGAUUGGGUGGCUUGAAACCACCCACUGCUGCCAGACUCAUGGGAGUAUAUUCCCCAAACACUCCUCGAUGUCCGACAUUUUCAUUCCACUCCCAAUACAAACCCCCAAGACUUCCCCCACCCAUUAUACGAGUAAUCAAGAAUCCUUACUUCUGAUAACUUCUCCCAUGGGUUUGUCAGAAAAUCAUUUAACAAAAUUUGGCAGCAGUAAAAACCAUAGUUGCGACAACAUUGUCCUCUUCCCCAGUAUCAAACCUCUACCCCAAAACAUGCAAGUGCCAUUGAAGUUUGAUAUUGAGUUGUUUUUGUUUGUCGUUGCUGUUCUUUAAGUUCUUAAUUUCACAUUAACAAAUUAUUUGUUUGUUGUUCUUUUUUCACGGCACGUGCCUUUUCCUGCUUUUUUAUUGGUGAGAACUCAUAGAAUGAUGCCAUAGCAAAAUGUUAAACAGUGGAAGCUAGUCAAAAUGGAGCACAAUGUGAAAUCUGUAUCUGACCUUAUUUGAGUCCUAAAACCUUCCUGACAAAUGAAAAAUCUAAAAAGACAUCAUUAACUGUUUUAUUUUUUUACAUUUAUUUUUAAAAGCUGCAUUAUUUACCAAACAUGAACUCAAGCAUUGUUUUCUCACGCUCUUUCUACAGGCCAUAUUGGCUGGCGGAAAAGCAGCUUGCCUUUUCCGCGUUCUGUUCUACGCGUCUGUCCAUUUCACUCCUGAUGCUCUUCUUUUGUAUCGAUAAUCAUUUAUGUAACCAUUUUAUUUUUUGGCAUGACUGAGAUGCUAUUUUAUUUUCUUGUUGAAAUACUUGAGAACUGCUUUUUGAUUGUUGAUCAUUUGCCACUAAUAAAGUAGGAGAGAAGAUAGUGUGUUGCACAACCACUUGGGACUCUUAGUAAGAAUUUAUGAAAGAUUGUCUUCAUUUGAGCACGAACCUUUUUCUUAACAAUAAAGCAGCCUUCCAGUUC